UUCAGGUGUGUAGCCCACCCUCUUGAGUUCCAUUCGAAAACUUUUAUUACAAAAAGCUACUGUGACGAUGUUAAAUCGUAGGAAUAUCAUAUAAGAAAAUUACUCCCACGUUUUGCUGAAAUAAGCAAAAACCCAGGUAAUUGCAUGACUGGAGUUUGGAGUUUAACCUCGAAAAUUAACACAUCGAGCAGGUAUAAAACUAAGACAGAGGGGAACUGAAAAGUAACGUGUAGCUGCCACAGCCAUCGAUCGCCAUGAAGACGUGGACUGUUAUUUGUUAUUUUCUUUAUACGCUGCAGGCAGUUUCUAGCCUGAACAAGCUGAGAUGGUGUACAACCUCAGAUCUAGAAAUGAGAAAAUGCCAAGACAUGAUGAAGGCUUUCCGUGAUGCUAAUAUCAAACCUGCCUUGGAUUGUGUGAAUGGGGGCUCCUCAGAAAACUGCGCGCGCUCCAUUUCGAUUAACCAGGCAGACGCAGUGACACUGGAUGGAGGAUUUAUUUACGAAGCUGGGAAGAAAUUUAACCUCAAACCCGUGACUGGAGAAGUGUAUGACGAAGUAUCACAAGGCACCUAUUUAGCUGUGGCUGUGGUCAGAAAGAACAAUACUGAAAUCAACAUCAACAACUUGAAAGGGAAGAAGUCCUGUCACACCGGGCUGAGCCGCACUGUAGGGUGGAACGUUCCUGUUGGGUAUCUCAUUGACAGUGGCAGGAUGUCUGUGAUGAACUGCAAUGUUCCACAAGCUGUGAGUGAGUUUUUCUCCGCUAGCUGUGUCCCUGGCGCCGAUGUUAGCGGCUACCCACCAUCCCUCUGCCAGUUAUGCAUAGGUGAUGAAAACGGGGGGACCAAAUGUGCGAAAAGUUCUCAGGAGGAGAGAUAUGCUGAUUAUAGCGGUGCUUUCAGGUGUUUGGCUGAAGGUGCUGGUGAUGUUGCUUUCGUCAAACACACAACUGUGGCUGACAACACCAACGGGGUAAAUCCAGCCGCGUGGGCCAAGGACCUAAAGUUAAACGAUUUCCAACUGCUGUGUCGUGAUGGAUCGCGAGCUGAGAUUAACAGCUAUGCAGGGUGCUACUUGGCAAAGGUUCCUGCCCAUGCAGUAGUUGUCAGACCUGACACUAAUGGUGCAGAGGUGUUCAGUAUGUUGAAUGCUGGGCAGAGGCAGUUUGGUAACGAUCACAACAUUGGCUUCAAGAUGUUUGACUCUUCUGUCUAUGGGGGUAAAGAUCUUCUGUUCAAAGAUUCCACCAUUAGGCUGAUUGCAAUUGAAAAUCAGAGCUACCAGGACUGGCUGGGAGAGGAGUACCUACAUGCCCUGAGUGGGUUGGACUGCAGCCCAGACAGACUGCCGGAAUAUCUCCGUUGGUGCACACUGUCGGUUGGUGAGGUGUCAAAAUGUGCUGAUAUGGCGAUGAGCUUUGCAAAAAAAAACCUGAAGCCAAAGGUUCAGUGUGUCUCGGGGUUCUCUCCUGAAGACUGCAUGCAGAAAAUUAAGAAAAAGGAGGUUGAUGCAGUUACACUGGAUGGUGGAUUUAUUUACACUGCAGGAAAAACCUAUGACCUUGUUCCAGCUGCUGGAGAGAGCUACGCUUCCGAUGUGCAGGGGGGUACAUACUAUGCUGUGGCGGUGGUGAAGAGGUCCGGCCAUGAUGGAUUUACAUUCAAUGAACUGAAAGGAAGGAAGUCCUGCCACACCGGCUACCAGAGGACAGCUGGCUGGAAUAUUCCUAUUGCAACUCUCAUAGAGAAUGGGUUUAUAAGUCCUGAUAAAUGUGACUUCCCCAAAGCCACUGGGAGCUUCUUCAGUGCCAGUUGUGUGCCUGGAGCCAAUCAGCCGGGUUUCCCAUCCAGCCUGUGUGAACUUUGCAAGGGGGAUGCUAAUGGGAAUAAUAAGUGUGAACGAAGCAAGAACGAGCUUUACUAUGAUUACCAUGGAGCUUUCAGGUGUCUGGCAGAAGGUAGCGGGGAAGUUGCCUUUGUGAAGCACACCACAGUUUUUGACAACACUGAUGGUAAAAACACAGAGUCCUGGGCAGCAGGCCUGCGGCACAUGGAUUUCGAGCUUUUGUGUCCAAACGGAGCUCGUGCACCAGUGACUGAAUAUGCAAAGUGUAACCUAGCUGUAGUUCCUGCCCAUGCAGUCAUGGUCCACCCAGAAACGAACAUCUAUGCAGUGUAUGGACUCCUCAGUAAAGCCCAGGAUUUCUUUGGAAAUGACAGCAAUCCCAAUGGAUUCAGCAUGUUUGAUUCCUCCAAGUAUCAAGGGACGGAUUUGAUCUUCAAAGAUUCAACGCUCCGCAUCACGGGAGUUGGGGAGAAAAAGACGUACGAUGAAUGGCUUGGGCAAGGUUACAUGGCGUCUUUGAAAAUGCUGGAGUGUUCGGCCACAGCUGUUUCCACCGCGUCAGUUGUCCUCGUCACUGCACUGAGUUUCUUCCUGACGUAUUCCAACAUUUAACCUACGACCCCAGCAGGACUGCCCGCUGGAUCAAGAAAAAGAAAACCUCUCACAGAUCAUCUCUAUUCCAAUUCCACCUGCUUGGUCUGAAGGUGUUUAAAACAUGGAUCAAGAGAAUUUAAGCUAAUCCAUACCUUUCUGGCAUUUAUAAUCCUGCUGUAAAAGCAAAAUGUAAAAUGCAGAUCAUAUAAUGUAAGAUCUUUUAUUAUAGUUGGAGAUCCGUUUUGGGGAAGGAGUGACAUGUAACUGAAACAAGUGAAUACAGUUGGAUGCUAUUUAGAGGUGGUUGAUUUUGAAUCAGUUACAUACUGUUGUUUACCCCCUUUUGCAGUGUAACAUUGUAAAAGCCAUACUGGUAUGCUGCAGUAUCCGGACCACUGUGUUACCAUUGCGGCUUAAUUUCACAGUAUGCAACUGUAAUUAUCCACCAAACCUAUUCAAAUGGCUGCCUAAUUAAGAUAGAUCUUGCUGCUCCAAAGGCAUUCAUUUGUGUCAGUUAAUGUUUACUCCCCCAUCCUGAGCUCUCCUUCUCUUUCAUUAAAAACCGAUAAGCAUCAAGCAAGACUUUAGUCCUCAUGGGGAUGACCUGAACUCUAAAACAUUCUGCAGCCCUACACUCAAAAUACCUUGAUUUGGUGUGUGUUCAGGAGCACACCUUGUGUGUGUGUGUGAGUUUGGAUCAUCCCUAAUGCCAACUAUUCUUAUUGCUUAUUGCUUAUUAUUUCAGUCUUAGCCUGUUAGACCCAUUUUAUUACAAAAGCUGUGCUUAUUUCUUCUUUGAAGACAGUUGCCAUAUCAGUGUGUAUGUACUGCCUGUUGCAUUAGCAUGUUCCUUUAGUAUCUAAAGGCAAGUGCCAUAUCAGUGAGUAUGCAUUGCCUGUUACACAGUCUGCAUCUUCCUUUAGGGUUUCUAAAGGCAAGUGCCAUAUCAGUGAGUAUGCAUUGCCUGUUACAUAGUCUGCAUCUUGCUUUAGUAUCUAAGGGCAAGUGCCAUAUCAGUGAGUAUGCAUUGCCUGUUACGUGAGUUUUUUUCUUUUAAGCUUUUUUAUGACACGUGCCAUAUCAGGGUAUAUGCAGUGUCUUGCACUUUGUAGCCUCUAACUUGAUAAGCUAAUGCCAUAUCAGUGAAUAUGCAUUACAGUAUUAUUCUGCCUGGCUUCAUGAUCCCUUACCCACUACAGGCACAGGUGCUACCUGUGGCUUUUCCUGAAAUAAUGGUGUGUUCUCCCCAAGCGCAGAGAAUAAUGCAGUUCAAUUACAGACCAUGUAGCUUUACUUUUUCAUCUACCUGAGUUCAAAAGCUGCUCUUCAGUUCUAAUUGCUUGCCUUAGACAUACGCUACAUGAGAAACUUUCUAAAAUCACUUGUCGAUGGCUCUUAAUGUACUUCUUUAAAGAGAUUUUAGCAAAUAUAUCCUUGGUAAUAUACAACUAAAAGUGAAAAAACGCAAUAUUUGUGUAAUUGCAAUACAAACAACUCAGAAUGAUCAUAAAAAAAUGAAUGAACUCUUUGAAGAUUAAGAAAUCAAAAUGAAUUCUAGUAUGCUAAAUUUGAAUUAUUUGUAUGCAUACGUUCUUUCAUUUAAACCCCUUUCCAAAAUCUAGUGACACAAAACAUUCAGACUAAGCAGCAUUUCCAUUCAGGCUUGGGUAGAACACUGCAUUUUGACACUAACAUUGUGAAAAAGUGAUUUGUAGUUUUUGCAGAGCAUCAACGACAGAGAACUGUCAGUGUAUGACACCUAAAGCUUUCAGCCAUUGCUUAUGCUGCUAAAGUGUAGUGUUCACUGUACGCUUGUCUACUGUACUUGAGUGCUAUUGUAAAUCUAAUCAUUGAGUGCUUUAGUGAUUGGGCAUGUUUUAUUGUCUUAAGCUUAGUAUAAGGUGCUCAGAUACCAUGUCAAUGUAUAUAUGCUGAACAGCUACUUAAUUUUAUAUGACUGCUUGUUCUGAGAGCCAUAUAGAUUUGUACAAUGAAAUGAUCUAUAUUUUUGUAACUAAUAUUUAGUUGCCAGGCCUGUGCGUCUGCUUAAGUAUAGCUACAUAUUGCAUGUAAUUUGUUAAUUAAGAUCAAUAAAUAACACAUUUUGAACCAACAAUAAAUGCAUUUAGCAUAUCUACAGUAA